GGGGCGCCAGUGAAGAGAUGGUGUGCGUCUCCAUUUCUUCUACUGUAAGCACCAUUUGGACACUGUUUUCAAUGAUAGCUGUACAUUUACUAUAAAAAUGUCAGCGCUGUCGGAAAAAGAGCUGAAUGGCUGCAGAACACUGUUGGCACUGCUGUCAGCGGAAGACUUGUUAGCGCUGAGUGACACCGUAACUAACCGACUGAUCUGUGUAGAGAGCCCGAGAGAGGCUGUAGAAGCUAUCAUAGCGUACUCUCAGAGCGCGGAGGAGCUGCUGAAGAGAAGAAGAGUCCACCGUGAGGUCAUUUUUAAGUACCUCGCCAAAGAAGGUGUUGUGGUUCCUCCAAACAGCGAGAAGCAUCAGCUGGUUAAAAGGACUCUUGAAUUAUGGUCGUCUGGCAAUGUCGUCCCCUUACAGAACGCACUGAGUGACACCAGUGCAAGUCGACCAGAGGGACCAGAUGGUUUGGCAGACCUAACAGCUUUGGGUAGGGAGUUUUGCCAGUGGUUUUUCCACCUUUUGAACUCUCUGAAUCCUGCGACAGGUAAGCCAGUUCAGGAAUGGGGACCUCAGCACUUCUGGGGGGACGUGAGACUACUCCUUGUUUCCCACACUGGAGAACAACAGCGAGACGAGUACAACGGAGCAGAACUGGUCAGCCGGCGCCUUUCUGCUUUAGUGUGGGAAGAAAAGUUAAUUUUCUUCCCUAACCUAGAGCACUCAGGGUUGAAGUGCCUUUCUACACCUCAUGGAUUGGUGUUGGUAGCAGUUGCUGGAACCAUUCAUCGGGAAAAUGUAUGCCUUGGAAUUUUCGAGAAAGUGUUUGGUUUGAUUCGCGAUCCGCUAGAUGGAAACCGCUGGAAGAUAAAGUUUGUGCAUCUGAAAAUAAAGGGACAGAUUGGUAGGGAACAGCUGCCAGUGGUGACUUAUGAUUCAAAUGAUCUUCUUCAACUUUUCACCAAAUAGUUCUGUGACAACAGAUAUUUUACUGGAACAGUUAACGUGCACUUUAAGUAAUGCAUGAUAUAUGCAUAUUAUUUUAAGAUGGAGAAUGGAGGAUCUUUUUUUUUUAAUUUUUUCCUUCACUGUUAUAUACAGUGUUACCUGUGUUUAUGAGACAUUUUGACAGGCUUAUCUUGUUAAACCAGAUGUCAUUAAGAUGUCAGUGUUCCAGUCACUGGAAUAUGUGCUCAUUCUCAGGAGUGGCGCUGAUUCUACCAGACAAUGAUCAUGUUUGCGCUGUGAUCCAUUUGGAAAACUGGCCCAGCAUUGGCAGUUAAAGAGUUCUGUAUGAACUGAGUUUACAGCUUUGUGUGCUUUUUUUUUAAUUCAUUUCUAUGAAAACUAAGAUUUGCUUUAAAUUACACUUGUCAGUUGCUUUUGGCAUUUACAGUAUAUGCAAUCUCGUGCAUUAAUUGUUUUGGCUUCUGUUUAUUUGAAGACAUAUUAAAUCAAUCUGU